UCAUGAAAUCACGCUGAUCUCAGUCUCUGCGGAUGAAAUCACUUUCGUUACAACCAUGAAGAAAGGAUCGUUCAAUUUCCUGGGUCGGAAGAAUCCAAAUCUGUUCGACACCAAUGUGGAAAUCAGGGACAUGGACAACAUGGAGCUGGUGUUUAACUCGGCUGCCAUCCCGGAAUCUGGAACCGCCAAAGUACGCUCGCGUCCAACUGUCAAACACUUCAUGUCAUCUGAGAAUGCGCACGGCUAUGCAGUUCCAACUCCCAUGGUACCGGUUCUUCCACCCUUCAGUGAGCCCAAGAUAAACGGUACAGGAAGUACUACAAACCUCCUAAAUGGAAGGAUGCUUUCUGUUCCUGACCUACUCCAGGGGGAAAUACUUAUACCUCCUCCACCGAGCUCCGCUCCUCCACCCCCUCCAUCAUCUUUAGCCCCACCUCCUCCUUCAUUCAUCCCUCCCCCACCACAGUUCUUUGGUGAAAUGGACCCUUCUUUAGAUUGUGCAAGACUGCAUCCCCCUCCAGUGGCACCCCCAAAACCACCAUCACUUACCAGUUCCAAUUACAGUGCAGAUUUGGACCUGGCCUCCCUCAAACCUCCUCCAAUGCCUCCUCCAAAACCUCCAUCUGAAACUUCCAGCCUCAGAGGUUCCCUCCAUAGCCUGGAUGUCCAAGAUGUCCCAGAAUGCCCCAAGUUCAACCCACCACCACCUCCUGUUAAAACAUCACCUGUUCUCGAAAAAGCUCAGAAAGCAGAACCUCAAAAACCCGUCCGAGUGAACUCCAUACCUAAUCUGGACAUCCAGUCCCAAACUCCUGUGCCACUUGUUGCUUCCAACCAAACACCAUCUAGCUUCAACCCUCAGAACACAGCAAAACUCUACAGCGUGCAGAAGAGCACACUACUUGGUGGACAGACAGAUAGGGAAAAAAAAGUCCAGUCCAUUCUGCUGCUGGAAGAUUCUGCUGGAAACACAGUUGGUGUAGUCAAUGGGAAUAGUGGGAAAAAUGCUGAAUCUUUCCAACCAGGGGUGCCACCAACCAAACCAGCCCGUCGGAACAGUUCAGCCAAUCAGUUAAAGGAUGACCAGCCAGACAUGACACAAGCUCCAAGUGAACAAGCCAAGGUAGAGCCCAAAAUCAAUCCUGAGCCUGUAACACCACAAAACAUCCCCACUGAGGUACCAGCACCAAUCAAAGUUUCACCCAAAAUAGAGAAAAGGAUACCUGAUGUUAGGCAGGUGAUGACCCCAGUUGAGUCCCCUGGCAGGCCUCGCAAGUACAGCCCUAUCUUGAACCACCGACAUCUAAACACACGGGGCGCAGACAGCUCAGUAAAGAAAGAGACCUCCAUCUCACCUUUCGCCUUGCUGAUGGCUGCAAAGGAAAGAGAAAAGCAGAGAACUGUUCUGUCCCAACAGAACAGCAAUUCAACAGAGCCAGUGACUUCUGUGAUCCAACCUAGUGUAGAAAAACCAAACUCCUUCACUGUAAUUCCUCGAGAGCCAACACCAGACAGUCCCAAUGCACAAUUAAAGUCGACCACAAACACGCAACCACUCACCUCGCUAUCAACUAAAGUCGAUGUUCCACAUGUGUCCUACUCAAAGCCAGAGCUAAGCUCAACCCCUCUACAAAGCCCCAUGAACAACUCUGUUAGUGGUCUGGGUGUCCCUGUUAGAGAUGUGGAAAUUGGAGAAGGCUUGGUCUUCAUUCCACCACCUCCUGAAUUUGCCAACUCGGACUCUGAGGAGGAACCUCCAGUUCCCCCACCAAGUCACCCCGCUCCUGCUCCACCUGUGAAAAGUGUCCCUCCACCUGCUAAAACCUUCUUACCUGCUACACCUGCUCCAAUUAUCAACUGCCCCCCACCAAGUCACCCGGCUCCUGCUACCCCUAUAAAACCUGCCCCUCUACCUUCUAAACCCUUACCUAUUCCAAUCACCAAUGGCUCUCUGCCAAGCCACCCUGGUACUGCUCCAAAACCUGCCAAACCCUCCCUACCUCCGACACCUCCACCUAUCACCAAUGGCCCCCUCGUUUCCCCCAAACCUAAACCACCUAGCUUUCCUCCCAAGGCCCCAGGACCUCCCCCAAAUAUCCAGCCCCAGUCCAAACCACCUGUUCAAACUAAAGCCACUCAACCCCCUGCACAAGUGCCUCCAUCCGUCUCCGCUAGCCAGGCAACACUUCUCAGUAUCCUGCAGAAGAAGAUGCUAGAGAUGGACCCCAAAUUCUCAGCUGUCAGGGAGGUGGAGACCAACGGAGAUGACUGGAACUCUCCGCUGUCUGAUGAUGAGGCCACAUCGCCCCUUACCACAUACAAUCCUAUGACAAACCGCAGUGCCACCCUGCCGGCGCAAACUUGUGGAGUGGACAUGAAGGAGCUGGAAAGCAAAGUGGCCAAAAAAGCUCAAAAUUUGGCCACUUCGGCUAAAUCCCAGAACAGUAACGAACCAUCAACCAAACAGCAGUUUGGAAUGACAUUUACCGUGACACCAGGAGCCAAACAACCAAUAACACCCGUUAUCAAAGAUGGUUCAUCCUGAUCCAUUAUUCCAGAGACGUGCCUUACCUGUACAUACUGUAUGUACCUACCUGACAGAUAUUUAACAUUUUGCACCCCGUCUGGAGCUUUAUUACUGCUGUUGCUAAAGUAUUACUGUAACUUUCCACCUGGACAUUUCUUCAGCCGUCAGUAUAUUCAGAUUGUGCCGAACUCUUACGACCGCAGCUUCAUCACGGACUUUCUAGAGCUGCUAAAAUCGAACAAUGGAGCAACUUUACCUGUAUAUGCUAUACACAGAAACACAUUUUAACGUCAAACCUUUUCAUUAGUUUAAUCCAGUUUCUAAUCAGCUGUUUAGUUCGUAAUUGUAACUUCUGCAUAAUAUUUUUGAAUGUCUUUAAUCAUUAAUGUACAAAAUUACUCUAUAGCUCUCGAUAUGAGAGCUUCUUUCAGUGGUGCUGGAUUUUUUCCAGGUCAAAACGUGAUGUAUUUUUAUUAAUUUAUAAAAAGUAUGCCUUAAAAUCCGAUCAAAUGGUUGCGAAGCCUCGAACACAUUACUGUUGGUACUUCAAAAUGAAGAAAAAUGCUUUUGCUGCUUUUCAUAGUUAUUUUUUGAAUCUGAAGCAAGAAUCAAAAAAAAGAAAUAAUGCAAACUUUGUAUUUGCAUGAAUAUACUGGUUAAAAGUGUACUUGAAGAAAUAAGCUAGCAUCGGCUACAAACAGGUUUUUCUGGAAAUCUCCACAGGUUUAAUUGUGUGAUAUAUGCAAUAGGUCAAUAAUUGUGCUUCAUUAAUCUGCAAACUUAUUUGUAUGACUGUUCAUGUUAAAUUGUUUUUUUGGACAUUUAACCAUUUGUUACCCCUGAAAGUAAGAAUAUAACCGCAAUAUUGUAUAAUAAAGAUAUGCGAGAGCAUAAAUAUA